UUUUCAGAUUUCACUCUAUUCUGACUUCAUGAGAAAAUGACAUCUAGUCAGUCUCCUGAAUAUAGCAGAUUUACAACCGGCAAUUUUUCAUUGAAUGAGAUGGUAACAACGGGAAAUUUUGUCAUCUACAUCGUUGAACUUUUUUUCUGCUUCAUAGCUUUUCCAUUGAAUAUUUUCUUUAUUAUAAUAAUUGCCAAUACAACAACACUGCACCGAAAUCUUAGAAUAUUAUUGAUCAGUACUUGUGUUGCUGACGCCAUUUAUGCAAUUUCCCGUUAUAUGAUUUUAAUACCCUUGUUGGUUGCAUAUUUAUUCAACACGGAAAUAUCGAGUGUCACAUAUUGCUGGCUAGCAAAAUCUUUGCAUCAUUGGGUACUUGGAGCAUCCGGCGUUACUUUUUUUGUAGUUGUGAUGGAGCGAAGUCUUGCAUCAUUUCUCUAUAGAUCAUACGAGUCUGAAAGUUGUUAUCAAUCCGGUUUCAUAUUAACUGGAUUCCAAUGGUCAUAUGGAUUUUUCAUAGUAGCUAUAAAUCAACUUGAUUUGAUGGGAACUCCACAAAUCUAUCCGAGAUUGCCUUGCCAAAUUGAGUAUUCAACUGCGAGAGCGAUUUUUGUUGCAGUUGUGGCUGGUGCAGUCAUGAAUAUUACUGCAGUUCUGACUUUUCGAAAAGUUGUGAGCUUCAAUAGAACUUUAUUUCGACAGAGGAGUUUCAAGUUGACUAGCUUGACUGAAAUUUAUCAGAUUUCGGAAAAUGUAAAAUCAAUAAGUCUUCUAAUUCCAAUUAUUGUGGUUAUGAUUGUCAGUAAUAUAUUCUCUACAUUUACAAUAUCUAUCAAUGUUUAUGUUUAUGCAGCGGUUAGAGAAACUCCAGUUGAACAAAGAUCCGCUAUUGCAACACAUAUUUCUGGAAGAGGCAACGAAAUCUCCCAAGUCUAUGACCUAUGUGCAAUUGUUACGAAACUUGCAUUUUGCUGGGGAAUUCGAGCACAUCCGGAUCUCUAUAAGAAGUGGUGCUACAUGUUUGGAAAAGUAAAAAUUAGUCCUAAAAAGGGUAUCAGUGAUACCAACACAACUACAAAUCUCACUGGUUUGGAUGGAAAGAAGUUAACUUUUACGGUUAUUGAAGAAACUCAACACCAUUUCGAUUCCCUUGCCCAAGUUUGGAAGUAAUUAUUAAAUUUCGAACAAACCGUAGGCGACAUGCAUUUGAAAUCAGCUGUCUUCAAAUUCCCGGUGGUAUCAACGCGUUGUUUCAGCUUGUUUAGUUGUGAAUGUUGAAUUUCUUUUUGAUUUUUAUGACUUUUCAAAGUUGAAGUUUUGGCAUCAAUAAAGAUUACAAAUUAGGCGACGAGUUCUCCUAAUAUUUU